AUGUAUUGCCUUGCUAGCAUUGUUCCGAAGGGUAUGAGACGGUGGCUGACUAUAGCCUUUAUUGGCGUGGAGAGAGGCCCCGACGACCUCGUGGUUACUUGCCUUCGUGGCAGGUUUAGGGACCGUCUUCUCUGGAGCAACUUCAAGGCAAUUGGGCAACCGGCAAUAGUUGCAGUUGCUCGUGCUGGUUGGCACAUCCAGAGCUUGGAUGAUAUCGCGAACUCAAUUAGGGAAGGGAGGUUCGACGAGCUAGAGCUAGAAAGAGCCCGUGAAAACGCAAAGGAAAAGCUUGCAUGGAUUAACCGAUUAUCGCACAACAUGGAUAGCUUGCAAGGGUUGGACACACUCAAAAAGAUCCUUGAGAAUAGCUCCAUAAUUGUUAUUUGCCCACCAUGCCUUAGGGGUUUCUCCCGUGCCGACGUCUUAUACUCCCAUUUCCGCGAAGUGGGAAAAACAGAUCAAAUGCAUGCAGGUCUUGCUAAAAAACAAACCGACUUCGCAACUUUUCAUGCCUACUACGAAAGGGCUAUCGGGGCUCCGAUUCCUUCUUCUGAAUUGCGCGAUGGUCACAAAUGUUUUAAGACCUGGUUCAUAGUGGAAAAUUAUAGAAGAGAUGCCGAAAACGGAGCGGUGCAUCCUGACGCUUCGCUAGGAGAGUUAUUCAACUUUGAUGCGCUCGAUGACUAUGAAGCCACCUGUGUCUAGU